AUGAAUAAUUUUUUUCAUUUUAAAAAAACCAAAUUAUUAUUUUUAAUAGUAUUAAUUUUAUUUUUAAAUAAUAAUGUUGUCUAUUCAAACCCAGAAUCAGCAAACACAUUAAACAAUGUUGUAAACAAUAUAGAUUAUAAUCAAGAGGCACCACAAAUAAAUAAUAAUAAUAACAAUAACAAUAUUGACAAUAAAAGAAACUCAAUAGAAUAUAUUAUAAAUCAUUAUAAAAACAAAUAUGAAGGUUUAUUAAAUAAAGUAUUGGAUAAGAAUGGUGUAGUUUUUGAUAAUAAUGGAAAUAAUUUAAAUUUUUAUAAAAACAAUCACAUCAAUCUAUGGGUUUAUUUUAAAAACAAAGAUAUUGAAAAUAAAAACCCAUCCGACUUAUUAAACUACAUCAAUGACAAAUCAAAACAAAGAAGAUCUUUAAGAGGUUAUAAUUUAAAUAAUAAUUUAAAUUCAAAUAAACAAGAUCAAAACCAACAGAAAGAAAAAUCAUUGUACAACGAAUUAGAUUAUCCAAUUAAUGAAAAUUAUGUUAAUAAUAUUUUAAACUCUAUUGGAAAUUCAACUUUAGCAACAAUAAAGCAUAGAUUCUCAUCCAACUGGCUAAAUGCCGCUUCGUUUAAUAUAAGAAUUAAUGAAGAAAAAGUGUUAGAACAUGCUUCCGAUUGUCCUCAAAAAUUAAAAGAAACCCUUACCAAUAUUUUAAAAUUAGACUAUGUUGACAGAAUUGAAAUUGUAAACAACUUUAACCAACCAAACAAAAGAGUUAUCGAUAGUAUCCAAGCUGAAGAUGCCUCUGAACUAAUAGACUAUGGUGAAAACACAAUUGUAAAUGGUGUUGACUAUGGAAAGUCUUUUUAUCAAUUAAAUCAAAUUAAAAUUGUUGAUGCUCAUAAAUUAGGUUACAAGGGUAAAGGUGUUACAAUUAUGAUUGCUGAUACUGGUUUUAUGAAAAGUCACGAAGCAUUAAAGAACAUCAAAAUUAAAAAAGAAAGAGAUUUUAUAGAAAAUGAUGAUAAUACUGAAGGUAGUGACUUGGCUCAAGAAAGUCAUGGUACAUUUGUGCUAUCACAAAUCGGUUCAAAUAUACCAGGAAAAAUAAUGGGUGCCGCACCAGAGGCUGAAUUUCUAUUAGCUAAAACUGAAAUAGUUGCAACCGAAACCUCUGUAGAAGAAGAUUAUUUAAUAAAAGCUAUCGAAUGGGGUGAAUCUGAAGGAGCUGAUGUUGUUUCAAUUUCUUUAUCCUACUCAAGCUAUUAUGAAUAUUGGGAACGUGAUGGUUCAUCUCCAUUAUCAAAAGCCAUUGAUAUUGCCUCAACUAAAGGUAUUGUAGUAGUUAUUGCUAGUGGAAAUGACGGUGAAAAAGGUAUUGGUCCACCAGGUGAUAGUAAUUUAGCUGUAACCGUUGGUGCGGUAGAUAAUUUUGGUGAUGUUGCUAUAUUUAGUUCAGCAGGUCCAACAUCAGAUGGUAGAUUAAAACCAGAAGUCGUUGCAAGAGGUGUUUUAUGUUAUGGUGCUAGCGAUCAAUCAGUGGAUACCUAUAAAUAUCAAAGUGGUACUAGUCACUCUGCCCCCUUAGUAGCCGGUUCUGUUGCUUUAUUAUUAGAAGCCCAUCCUACAUGGAAUCCAAAACAAAUUAAAGAAGCAUUAAUAAAAACUUCAAGUCAAUUCAAAGCACCAGACAACUAUAAAGGCUUUGGUAUAAUUAAUAUAGUCGAUGCAAUAAAUAGCAACCCAUCAGGAUCAAGUUUAAAAAACAAUGAUAAAUCUAAAGAUAGCCAAAGCUGCGAUGAAAAUUGUGAUGGUAUUUGCAUAAGUAACCAAUGUCUGUGUUCCCAUAAGUCCCAAUUCUCUAGUAAUAUAUGUUCAAAAAAAAUUAGAUGUGGCUAUAUGUGUCGUUAUAAUAAUGGUAAAUGUAGCGAAUAUGACUGUUUCAGAUGUGUUGAUCCAAAUGAAUCUGAAAAAUCAAAUGGAAGAACCAAAUGUGACAACAAUGACCAAGAAACCCAAGUUCUAGGCAACAGUAGCCCAAUCCUUAAAUUCAACUCUCUAAUUUUAAUUUUAAUUUUAAUUAAACUUUUAUUAUAG